AUGAAUUAAAAACGAUUUCAUGAAAACAAUGUCCUGUCACAACAUCGAAGCGAUAGAAUUCAGGAACUGGAAUACGACAGAAACCACACAUCCGAAUCUGGAAUGGGAGAGUACGACAGCAUCAAGAAGGAUGAUCAGAAUGGAUUUGAGGAUUCCAGAGUCACCAAGUUAUUAUUUGAAACUCAUCGCUUGAUUGAACACGUCAGAUUGCAAUUGCUAUUAGUGAUAACAGUCCUGCUCAUCCUGGAUUUUGAUGACUAAUAUUUCAUAUAGGAUUGGCAGGAUAAUACAUUCCUAUGGACAGUCUUCGCUUUGAAUUGCAUCCUGUUGCUCUGUACCUACCUAACCUACCAUGCCAAAUUCAAUUACUUUAAGGCCACUUAAUUGAUCCCACUCAACCUUGCAUUUCAUUAAAGCGAUAUUUUUAACCCUUUUCUGUUAGAAUUUUUGGUGUAUUUGCCAAUACCCAAUGUAUUCUCAAAAAGUAACUUAAGUCUUAACCUAGAUAUUCAGUUUCAAUUCACACUCUAUAGAGUUGAUGGUGUAUUUUACUUCACUUUGAACGACUUACUCUUCCUGUGGACUUGUUUCAGAAGCCUGAAUUUGAUGUUCAUCCUAUUGCGAUUGAGUCCCUUGUACAACAGUUAAGUGCAUAGGUUAUCAUUGUAUUUUGGGUUCAAAGUGAAAUGGACUUUCACAUUCAAAUCUUUAGUAGACAAAGAACCAGUUCUAGUAAUUUCUACCAUUUUUACUAUAUAAGUUUGUUAUCUCACUUUGGCAUUUUGGAUAGUAGAACGUCCAUACAUGAGAGAGGAGAACUCCAACACAAUGUUGUUGUUGAAACACUCCUUCUACGAGACCAUUCUGGCAUUGAUCAGAUACUCAUAUGAAGAGUAUGAACCAUACACUGUCUAUGGAAAAAUUGUCUUAUCAUUCACGCAAUACUCUGGCUUUGCCACCACCUCCUUGUUAAUUGCUGCCAUAGCCAAACGCUUCUACAUGGCCUCUAAUCAAUUCAAUGCUUAUGUCUUACUUGACAAAUUGAGGGUGUCCCAUGAAAUGCUUGUGUUGACUCAAGCCAUUGGUGAGUAAUUUUAUUAUCUAACCAAAUAUCCCAUAAACCCAUUUACGAAUGGAAGGGCAAAGGAGUGUCUGGCUAUAUUGAAGCAAUUCUUCAAGAAAAGAAGAAAUUACCAAAAUACAGUUGCUGAAAUGACUGAUCAACUAUUCAAUAGAAGAAUGAAGGAUUUAAAAUGGAUCAUGCAAGAUUACCAAGAAAUCUGUCGACUCAUAAGGGAAUAAUAGAAAGAGAUUGUUCAAUGGUAUUCUGAUUAAUAAUAAUUGUUUUUAUUAUGA